GGAAAAGUUUAGUUUAUAAAACAACAAUCAACAGGUUGUUCCACGUGCUUUGGUGGAACAUAGUUGCUUUCUCUUUCACUCACACGCACAGCUGUAGCGUGAAGUGGAAUUUGUUUAACCCAAACACAAAACAGCAAUUUAAGUCAAUUGACUCACAAAUGUUGCGAAAAGUUCCGCUAAUUGUGAUACUUGGCUCAACGGGCACGGGGAAGACGAAGCUCUCACUGGAAUUGGUUGAGCGUUUUGGCGGCGAAAUUAUUAGCGCCGAUUCUAUGCAAGUCUACAGAGAUCUGGAUAUUGCCACGGCAAAAGCCACAAAGGAGGAGCAGGCGCAGGCAAAGCAUCAUUUGCUGGAUGUAGCCACACCAUCCGAGCCCUUCACAGUGACACAUUUCCGUAAUACUGCUUUACCCAUUAUUGAGCAGCUGCUGGCCAAAUCCCAAUCACCCAUUAUUGUUGGUGGCACCAAUUACUAUAUUGAGUCACUGUUGUGGGACAUUCUGGUGAAUACCAGCGGCGACGAGGACCUGGAUGAAACCGGAAAACAGCUGGCCGAUAAGAAGUUUGCCACCAUGAGCACAACGGAUCUGCAUCAACAUUUGGCUAGCAUUGAUGCCGCCAGUGCCAAUCGUAUUCAUCCCAAUAAUAGACGAAAAAUUCUACGUGCCAUUGAGGUCUUCCAGGAAACAGGAGAAACGCUGACAUCCAAACUGGCGGAGCAAAGAAAACAGCCAGGGGGCAAUCGUCUGGGUGGCCCACUACGGUAUCCACACAUUAUUCUUUUGUGGUUACGCUGUCAACAGGAUGUGCUCAAUGAACGAUUAGAUAAGCGGGUUGAUGGCAUGCUGAAGCAAGGACUCCUCAAGGAACUGCGUAAUUUCCAUAAUACCUACGAGGGAGUCACAGUUCAAGCGUAUACUAAGGGUGUCCUACAAACAAUUGGCUACAAGGAAUUUGUUCCCUAUCUCAUGAAAUAUAAUGCAGAUUUUGAUGAGAAAGUGGAGGAAUAUUUAAAGGCUCAUCAAUACCAAAUGCCUAGCAAGGAGAUGGAUGAGGAGUUGAAGGAUACGGAUUUAUCUGCUGGUCUUCAAUUGCUUCGUAAUUGCUGUGACGAAUUGAAGUUGGUGACUCGCCGAUAUUCCAAGAAGCAGAUCAAAUGGAUCAAUAAUCGUUUCCUCGCCAGCAAAGAUCGCCAAGUACCAGAUCUUUAUGAGCUGGAUACCAGUAACGUUAGUGCAUGGUCUGAUAUGGUGUACAGUCCUGCCGAAUCCAUAAUAAAUAGCUAUAUCAAUGGGGAAACUACUGAAAUUGAACCGAUGCCCAAGCGCUUGCAUCCUGGAGCCGAUCUUAAUGAGGAGACAAGCAACUUCUGUUCAAUCUGCCAGCGUCACUUCAUUGGCGAGUAUCAAUGGACAAUCCACUUGAAAUCGAAUAAACAUAAACGACGCAGGGAGUCGGAGCGUAAAAAAGAGACAUCAAUCCCAAAUCCAGACAUCAAGUCCAGUUAGUUACUCAGCCCGAUGAUGUUGUUUAUUUAUAGUUAAGCGAGUCUUGGCGUAGCAAUAAAUAAAAUGCAUCUACGUAAAUUUGA